CGGUUGGGAUUGAGGAGCACUGGUAGGCGGGUAGGGCUCAUUCACUCCCGGCUCUAACAGGAUUGGCUUCGGAUUACACGUGACGCCUGCAGAGGGGAAGUGAUCUCAGGCAAGAUGGAUCUCGUCAGGUUCUUGCUGGGGCCUGGUUUCCUGCUGGAGGACGGAGAACAAGCCGCUGCCGGAGCCCCGGGAGCGGCAGGAUCUGGAUCAGCCUGCCCUGGGCGAGGAGGGGAGCGGCCCGGCACAGGAGCAGGUGGUCGCUGCAGCUGGCUACCAGGAUUCCCCGUCCCUGACCCAACCAUGACCUCCUGGAUGGAGGGAGGGGAAGAUCCGAGGGUCCCGGAUCUCCAGGGCACCGAGGAAAAGGAGAUCCCGAGAGGUGCCCGCACAGCAGGUGCUGGGACGGUGAGUGAAAACGAAGAGGAGAAUCACCAACAGGAAGGGCCUAUGGGAGCGAAGCCACACAGGACAUCCCAGAGCCUCAAGCAGGGAGAGGCCGUUGAGAGCCAGGGUGGGGCGGGCCUGGGACAGGGGAAGGCCCAGGCUAAAUCUGCACCCCAGGCACGGCACAGGCGGGUGGGCCGUGUCAUCUGUGGCGACUGCGGGAAGACCUUUGUGAAGAACUAUGAUCUCUUCAAGCACCAGCGGGUCCACACAGGAGAGAAACCUUACAGCUGCCCUGAAUGCGGGAGGAGCUUUGCCUUCCACUCCACCCUCAGCAAACACCAGCACAUCCACACCGGCGCCAGGCCUUUCCAGUGCACUGAGUGUGGGAAGAGUUUCCGGCAGAAAGGCCACCUGACCCGCCAUGGCCGCAUCCACGCCGGGUUAAAGCCCUACGUCUGUGCUCACUGCGGGGCAGCCUACAGCAGCCGCACCAACUUGCUGCGCCACCAGAGCGGCCACACGGGGGAGCUGCCCUACAAGUGCACAGAGUGCGGCCGGCGCUUCGGGGAGAUCGCCGCCCUUGUGGCACAUCUGGUGGCGCACUCCGGGGAGCGGGCCCACAAGUGCCCCGAGUGCGGGAAGAGCUUCCGACGCGGCUCGUCGCUGACGGAGCACCGGCGGGUGCACACCGGGGAGAAGCCCCACGUCUGCCCCCAGUGCGGGGAGAGCUUCAUGCGCCGCGCCACCUUCAACGACCACGUGCGCGGCCACUCGGGGGAGCGGCCGAACGUCUGCGACAUCUGUGGGAAGAGCUUCACCAAGCGGCACUCGCUGCUGCAGCACCAGCGGUCCCACACCGGAGAGAAGCCUCACCAGUGCCCCGACUGCCCCAAGAGCUUCAUCGCCAGCUCCGCUCUGGUGCAGCACCGCCGGAUCCACACCGGUGAGACGCCCUACCGCUGCGAGGAGUGUGGGCGCAGCUUCAGCCAGCGCUCGGUGCUGACCACACACCGGCGACUGCACACCGGCGAGCGGCCCUACAAGUGCGGCCAGUGCGGCAAAGGCUUCAGCCAGAGCUCGGCGCUGACCCAGCACCGCCGCACUCACACGGGGGAGUCGCCUUAUGGCUGUGCCCAGUGUGGGCGGAACUUCAGUGGCAUGUCAGCCCUCAAGCGGCACCACCGGACCCACACCGGUGAACGGCCCUUCCGCUGCGGCCAGUGCGGAAAGGGCUUCAAGCAGAGCUCCACGCUGGUCCAGCACACCAGGAUCCACACGCAGGAGAGGCCCUUCUCCUGCACCCAUUGUGGCAAGAACUUCAGCCAGCGGUCAGCUCUCGCCAAGCACCAGCGGACUCAUGCCAAGGAGAGCGACGGCUCCCACGAGGCCGUGGGGACGCGGUUCUACAAAGACCCCUUCGUUCAGCCGGGGGAGGGCAGCACCGAGCCUGAGGAGGUGGUGGUGGUGCUCCCGCCAGGGACGUGGGAUUGUGAGAUGCCCCCCGGGGUGAAGGAGGAGCCGGCGACACCCCUGCAGAUGAAGGAGGAACUGGAGCUGCCUCAGCAUAUUCAUGGUGGGUCCUAUCGGGUUAAACAGGAGCAGCCGGAGCUGCCACAGGAAAUUAAAGAGGAGCCAGCGCCCCCCCUGCAGAUUAAAGUGGAGCCUGGCUCCCCCGUUCUCUUGUCCUCCCAGGCUCUGCUUGAGUCCUGCUUGCAGUUCGGUCAAGCUGGGCAGGAAGUGGUCUCAGACAAGAUGGAUUCCCCAAGCCUCCGGCUGGUGCGACUGAAGGGUGUAUCCCAGGAGGAACUUCCAGGGCUGUGGAGCGUGCCAUCCCAGGAGCCCCAAGAGCGGCGGGAAAGGGAUCACCUUCCACCCCAGAUAUUCAAGGAGACCGACGACGGGCAGGAGCCUGUGUCAUCGACCCCCAUGGUUGCCUUCCAGGCGCUGGUGGGGUUCGAGGAGGUGGCCGUGUAUUUCUCCUGGGAGGAGUGGGGGCUCCUGGAUGAAGGGCAGAGGCAGCUCUACAGGGACGUCAUGCAGGAGAAUUACCAGACUCUGAUCUCACUGGCAGGAGUCCCUGUCCCUGACCCAGCCGCAAUCUCCUGGAUGGAGCAAGGGGAAGAACCGAGGGUCCUGGAUCUCCAGGGCUCUGAGGAAAGGGAGAUCAUGAGAGGCGCCGGCGCAGGUGCUGGGAGGGAAAAACCCCGACAGGAAGGGCCUGCAGGAGUGGAGCUGCACAGGACGACCCAGAGCCCAGAGCGGGGAGAGCCAUCCGGUGACAUGGGAUGGCAGCAGGGGAAGCCAUCUCAGCAGGAAAGACCCAAGACCGGUGGUCACCUGUGGGCAAGAGAGGGGCCCAUCAUCUGCGGGGAUUGUGGGAAAAGCUUUGGGAAGAGCUCAGAGUUGGUCAAACACCAGCGCACGCACACAGGCGAGAGGCCCUACCAGUGCCCUGACUGUGGGAGGAGCUUUGCCAUCCGCUCCAACCUCCUCCGCCACCAGCGCAUCCACACCGGCGCCAGGCCUUACCCAUGUGCCGAGUGCGGGAAGAGUUUCCGCCACAAGGAGCACCUGACCCGCCAUGGCCGUGUCCACGCUGGGUUGAAACCCUACGUCUGCGCUCACUGUGGGGCAGCCUACAGCAGCCGCACCAACUUGCUGCGGCACCAGAGCUGCCACACGGGGGAGCUGCCAUACAAGUGCACGGAGUGCGGCUGGCGCUUCGGAGAGAUCACCGUCCUGGUGGCGCAUCUGGUGGUGCACUCCAGGGAGCGGGCCCACAAGUGCCCCGAGUGCGGGAAGAACUUCCGGCGCGGCUCGUCGCUGACGGAGCACCGGCGGGUGCACACUGGGGAGAAGCCCCACAUCUGCUCCCAGUGCGGGAAGGGGUUCAUGCGGCGCUCCAUCCUCAAUGGGCACUGGCGCACCCACACCGGCGAGCGGCCCAAUGCCUGCAGGGAGUGCGGCAAAGGGUUCACCCAGCGGUCGUCCCUGCUGCAACACCAGCGCAUCCACCGGGGCGAAAGACCCUACCCGUGUCCCCAGUGUGGGAAGAGCUUCAGCCAGAGAUCGGCGCUGACCACCCACCGGCGGCUGCACACCGGGGAGCGGCCCUUCCACUGCGCCCAGUGUGGGAAGAGCUUCAACCAGAGCUCAGCGCUGAUCCAGCACCACCGCACCCACACCGGCGAGACCCCCCAUCGCUGUGGGGACUGUGGGAAGGGCUUCGGGGACCGCUCAGCCCUCAAGCGGCACCGGCGCACCCACACGGGCGAGCGGCCCUACUGCUGCACCCAGUGCAGCAAGAGCUUCAAGCAGAGCUCGGCGCUGACGCAGCACAUUCGCAUCCACACCGGGGAGCGGCCCUAUGUCUGCCCCCUCUGUGGGAGGGGAUUCUCUCAGGGCUCAGCUCUGGCGCAGCACCAGAGGACUCAUGCCAAGGAGAGGGGCCUGUCGGAUAUUCCCACUGCCAGCCGCCUGUACAGGGAUCCCUUCAUCCGGCCAGGGGAUGUGGAGGAGGGGCAGCAGGGCUGCCCCUGGGGACAUGGUGCACCCAGCCAGGCUGAAAGAGAAACUGCAGUGAUAGAAUCAUAGAUAUGUAGGACUCGAAGAGACCUCAAGAGGUCAUCAAUUCCAGGCUCCUGCGCUGAGAUAGGGCCAGGUAACCCUAUUCCUGGCAGGUGUUUGUCCCACCUGUUCUUAAAAACCUCCAGUGAUGAGGAUUCCACAACCUCUCUCGGGAGCCUA